AUGGCGGAGAUUGAUGAUGCUGCAACGCUGAUUCUGGGUGCCGAAAUGGAUGAGGAAGGCUCAGGAUCUGCAGCGCCUGCAGAUACAGCAGCCGCAGAGGCAGAUGGCUUACUUGACCUGCUAGAGGAAGGAACGUCUGCGGAGACAAUCCCAGGUGCAAUAUCUGGUGAUCCUGAGGAGCUCAGAGAUCCAGCUGUCGAAGCUCCAAGUGAAAAGGAAGCCGAGCCGGCAGAGCCAGCGCCGGCACCACUGGCGGCGCCACUGGCGGCGCCACUGGCGGCGCCACUGGCGGCAGUGGCGGCGCCAGUGGCGGCAUCAGUUCCUGCGGACUUGGAUGCAGGUGCUUCAACUGGUGUCAAGCGAGCGGCCACGUUGACGCUUGACAUGGGAGAAGAUCUUUUCCCUGCAGCAGCAGACGAAGAGCCUCUUGAUGAACAUGCGGCCGUGUUGUCAUCCACCAAUCCUGCCACUGCGAAGGACAUCAGGUUGACAGCUGAAUCCACCAGUGUAGGUAGGGAAUCCUCGAACUCGAUUGUGUUGGAUGAUCCGCGCAUAUCCGGAGAGCAAUUCCGGAUAUAUCGGAAAGUUUCCCCAGAUUCCUCGUCUCCGACCUUCCAGCUGGAGGUGAAGCGUUGCCUUUUUCUUGGAGUUCACGGAGAGGAGAGCACAAUUGCAAGACUGCUCAAGAAACGGUACCCUGGUCAACAAGAAGCUCCUGCACAAGGCUUUGAUCUCAGAGUUUGCCAAGGACAUAUGAUCCGUUUUGACUUUUUCCGCCUCAGUUUUUCAGGAUGGCAAUCAGAGUGUCUGCCUUCGUGA